GAUAACGUUAUAUACCCAGUUCUUUCCAUACGCCUUGCGAAAAUAUCGAGAACACCGGAUUUCUGGUAUACCUUGAAAAUGGCAGGCCUUCGCGUGCCAUGUUCAUUGGUACUGUGCUUACUCCUUGCCUUGGGAUCAAUCCAUGGUCAAAGCUGGUCCCCGACCCAGCAAACUCCUGAUGUGGGGAUACUGUUGGGUAAUGAGAGUGGUUUUCGGCCCCGAACAGUCAAUGUGGUCACAGAUGCCCUUGCUCGAGAAGCCGACUCUGCCGCCUGGCAGUCACUGGCGACCAAACAAGAAGAAGAUCGCUACUUCUUCAACUUAGGUGUGGACACAAAGCAGAUUGGCACUAGUGUCGGUCUUCACGCUAACUUCAUCUCUACCAAGAAAGCUUCCAUUGAGGUUGGCGAAUCAGGACUCGUAUUCACAAAAGCCACGCAAAACCUGGCCAGAAAGAUAUCGCUUGACCCGAUCCGAUCUCGAUCAUUGCCGACUCUGAGUCAGAAUUUCCCGAAGCCCCAGUUCCAGUGCCCCUACCAAACUCCUCGAUGUGACCGGGACUACCCUUUCAGAACUGCUGACGGGUCAUGUAAUAACCUCGGCAACCCGCUCUGGGGUAAAGCUGUUACGCCCAUGCAGAGGUUCAUUGCGCCACGGUACCAAGAUGGUGUAUCUGCUCCUCGUGAGUUGAACCUGUUCGGGUUCCCCUUGACAAGCACCAGGAAGAUCAGCACAACUGUUCACGAACAUGGACCGAAAAAGGAGCCUAAGAACAAGUAUAACCACAUGCUCAUGCAGUGGGGACAGUUUGUGGAUCAUGAUAUCACAAGCACGCCAUUUGAGAAAGGCCUCCAAGAGUCGGAUAUAAUCUGCUGCGAACACUUACUGCCUGAUUCUGUCAGACGGCGACUUACCAGGGAUUUGAAAGAAAGGAGCGCGUGCUUCCCCAUUCCUGUUCCUCCUGGUGAUAACCAUUACAACGAGACAUGUAUGAAUUUCGUUCGCUCUAUCCAAGCUCCUAGUUCCACCUGUAACUUCGGUUACAGGGAGCAGUUGAAUCAGAUCACCGCUUACAUUGACGCCUCCAAUGUGUACGGAUCGAGCAUUGAAGAGCAGUGGCAGCUUCGAUCAGGCUUCCAAGGUCAGCUAAAGACUUCUGACAACCAGCUACUGCCUCGUAACGCAGAAACUGGAUGUCUUGUGAAAAGCCGUCGUGAAUAUUGCUUCAAAGCAGGUGACGAUCGUGUGAACGAACAGAUGGCUUUGGCGAGUCUUCACACGAUCUGGAUGCGUGAACACAACCGCCUCGCUUCCCAACUCGCCCUGCUUAACCCCGGCUGGAACGACGAGAGGCUAUUCCAAGAAGCGAGGAAGAUUGUGGCAGCCAUGAUGCAGCAUAUCACCUAUUCUGAGUGGCUGCCUUUGAUUUUGAACAAACGGCAAAUGAACAGCUUACAGCUGACGCCAAAGAAGAAAGGUUUUUCUGACUCAUACGACCCAGGCAUCGACGCCAGCAUCAGAAACGCUUUCGCCACGGCGGCAUUCCGGUUUGGACAUACCCUAGUCAGGAGUGUGUUUCAUCGGGUGGACGACAGCGGGAAGAGAAUGGGCAACAACAACAUGCUGCUGAAAGAUAUGUUUGCGCGGCCUACUGCCAUAUUUGAACCUUAUGGGAAAGGGGUGUCUACGAUGGUGAGAGGUCUGCUUUUGGAUCCCCUUCAGACCUCGGAUAGAUUCAUGUCGAAUCAGUUGACCAACCACCUGUUCGAGGACCCCCGGGGUCAAAGUCUGGACCUCGCGGCCUUGAACAUCCAGCGAGGUAGGGACCAUGGUAUCCCCCCGUACAACGUGUGGAGGGUGUGGUGCGGCCUGCCACGGGCCAUGACCUUCGGGACUGGGAGGGGCGGGUUGACGGACCAUACCGCAGAUGCAGCCGCCAAGCUGCAGAGAGUCUAUGCUAAUCCUGACGACAUCGACCUGUUUUCUGGGGGUAUAUCAGAGAAACCCAUCAACGGAGGUCUGGUGGGCCGGACGUUUGCCUGCAUCAUUUCCCGCCAGUUUAAACUGCUCAUGUCAGGUGACAGGUUCUGGUAUGAACGGGGAGAUAGCAACACCGGGUUUACUCAAGCUCAACUGAAAGAAAUACGGAAGGUGAAGCUAUCUAAGGUUCUGUGUCGAAACUCAGGUGUGAAGAAUAUUCAGCCUCACGCUUUCCUACGGGUCUCCAGGAACAAUAAGAAGAAGAACUGUGGCAAGAUUGGGUAUCUGGACCUCAGCAAGUGGUCCAAUUGCACGCCCGGUGGUUGGAGCAGAUGGGGCUCUUGGAGUUCCUGUCGUAAUAACCAGCAAUGGCGGUACCGGGACUGUAACAAUCCGCCACCCAGCGCAGGGUGUUCCUGUUCAGGUGAUAGCGCUGAGGUGCGGAAUUGUCAAGCUUGCAACUACAACUGGUAUACCGGGAGAUGUGAAUAAAGCUGUUAACA